AUGAUGACGAUAGCAUUAGAAGAGAAGAACGCAGAUAUUAAUAAUACUUCAAAAACUGAUUUGGUUCCAGUAACUAAAGGUGGUCGUUAUGGUAUUAAAAGCGUUUUAGCAGAUAUUCGUACGAUUCUAUAUGCGAUAAGUUUUGGUAUAUUGUUUGGAUUUUUUAUGAAUAAAGGCACAGUAUUUGUGGCUCCUACUAUUCGUAAACAAAUGUUACUUCAACGUUUUGCAAUGUUAAAAAUGUUUCUUGCUGCUGUUGGAGUAUCUAUGUUAAGUGUAAUAUUACUUGUUCUAUGUUGUAAUAAAUUAUAUGAGAAAAUUCUUAAUGGUUAUAUUGAACAUAAUAGUCGUCGAGACAUUCUUCAUUAUAUAUUUGGUGGUACUCUAAUUGGAUUAGGAAUGGUCAUAUGUGGCAGUUGUCCAGGAACAGUUUUUGUUCAAGUAGGCUCCGGUAUUGUUAAUUCUCUAUUUACUUGUUUGGGUGGUCUUCUUGGCACUUAUUUCUAUUAUAUAUUUGUACAUGAACGUAUUUCAAUAGAAAAACUUCCUUCAACAUCACUUGUUCUUCGACGUAUUUGUGAUAUACUUCCUAUUUCAAGUAUUAUAUGCCAUACAAUAUUCGGUCUUAUCUUCCUUGGUGUUGCUAUUGGUCUAGAAUUUGCAGUUCCUUGGAAAUCUGAUUUAAAUCCUGGCUUAUUAACAAAGGGUACUCUUAAUCCAGAAAAUGCAACUGGCCAUUUCUUGGGUUUGGCUGCUUGGCCACCGUCAGCUUGUGGUGCUGGUAUUGGUCUUUUACAAUUGUUUUUCAUAUUUUUUCUCGAGAAAUCAUUAGGAGUUUCAUCAGCAUUUACCGUAUUUGCUGCUCAAGUGUGUCGCAUUAAAAUAAUUGGUCGAGUACUACCAUCAUUGAAUUCAUUUGCCUAUGGAAUUAAGAAUUAUGUAGCAAUUCUAUUUGCUUUGGGAGCUAUUGGUGGUAGUGCUCUCUCAUCGGGCUUAUCAAAAACAAUUCCAUUAGGUUCAGAAAAUGGAACAAAUAUACUUAGUAGUAUUCUUGGAGGAUUUAUAUUACUGUUAGGAGCACGUUGUGCAGGUGGAUGUACUAGUGGACAAGGAAUUUCAGGUACGAAUGAAAAUCAUCUUUCAUAG